CUUCGCUGCCUAGAAAUUGAGAAGUCUUACCGUCUAGACUUUCUCUUUAAAGAGAGCGGUGAAAGGCGAUUCUCGAACCACCAAAUCUCUCUUCCUCCUCCAUGGGGUUUCCUGUUGGUUAUUCGGAGCUUCUGCUUCCAAAGCUCCUACUCCAGUUUUUCUUCUUCCUCGGCUUCUUGCGGCGAAUCAUCUCGUCGGCCUUCGACGCUGUUGGCCUCGGCGACCUCCUUGACUCCGACGCUCCAUGGCCCGAUCCACCCACCGAAAUCCCACACCGCAGCAACAGAUACCAACCCCCGGAGUUCCAAUCCGUCUCAGCGAUGCUGAUCCAGGAGAUCCUCCCCGUGGUUCGCUUUGAGGACCUCCUCACCGGAGAAGGGGAGAUCGAUCGGCGGCCAAUGGCGGACGGCUGUGCUGUCUGCCUUUAUGAGAUCGAACCUUGGGAGGAGGUACGGCGUCUAAGCAACUGCCGCCAUGUAUUCCAUCGCUGUUGUCUCGAUCGGUGGAUGCAGCACGAUCAGCGAACCUGCCCUCUCUGCCGGACGCCACUCAUCCCAGAGGAGAUGCAGGAAACCUUCAAUCUCCGGUUGUGGGCCGCUUCCGGCAUUCCAGACUCCUAUUCCGGCGAUUCCCCUUCCCCAUCAUCGUUCCCCUCUCCCUUCUCGUUUCCCCCUCUUUCGCCUGCUCUUGUUUAGCCGGCGGCGGGAGGUUGGAAAUGGGACGAUCUACCAGCUUAAUUUCGGUGACUGUAAAUAGAUCCAGGGGAGGCAAAGAUUGACAACACUGAAAGUAGGAAAUUGAAAAGGAAUGUUGAAAUUUAGUUGGCAAGUUUCCAAUUCCUUCUGUAUAGUUCCAAUUUACUCAAGUUUUGGAUCAGAAUUUAUGAGCUUCCUUCUGCGUUUGACUGAACGCUUGAAAACAUUUAAUGAUCUUAA